GAACGGAUUCAAAGCUCAGGUGUUGGUCUACGCGGUGCGUCCAGCUGUUGAGGAACGCCUUGGUGGUUCCAGUUCGUGGGCCAUGAAGCUUUCAGAGGCUCGGAUUGCUCUUCUGCGCUUCAUCUUUGAGGACGUGGAGCAAAGUGCCCUGCAAGCGGUAUUUUUGAUUUUCUAUGAUGAGGCUGCCAUUGGCGACAAACUUUGGGUGACCACCUCCAUUCUUACAUCUUUGCUACUGUCCUUCACUAUUGUGGUACAAUGCAUGCCCGAAGUGCGGGACUGGCUUUGGUACAGGCGGGUCUUCUGGUUCAUCCUUGUGGUUCUCAUCUACCGAAGCUUGGCUGUGACGUGGGGCUUGUGGGGCAUGUUGGGCAUUUCUUUGGCGCCCCAAGGCUGUGCGAAUGGCCGGACCACCCUGCUAGGAUUAGAAGCUCGCAUCAAAGUGGUUGACGAGACCAUCAGCAACUCCACCAUAGGUGUGGCCAUCAUUCUAUCUGCAGUAGCCUUGGCAACAGUGGUCUGGUGGACAAGGAAAAAGUGUCUCUCAAUCUACCAGCGGAUGAAGCUAGACUCAUUGGAGAGUUACAACUUCUCGAAGCGAAUGCAGCCCCAGCAGGGACAGCCUCUGAGACCUCUGUUGGAUGCUGAUGAUGACCUUUGGCUGGACGCAGCUCGGCAGCUGUACCCCGUCCUUUCGAGGGCCCAGGUGCACAAACAGAAAGCCAUGGCAGUAACGCUGGAGACCAUUGACCGUAACACCUUCACUGUCAGCCGUGCCCACUUGGGUGGAUGGUCUCUUCCAGGCCUCAAGGGAUCGACCGAUGGGAAAGUUGGCCCAAGUGUCCAUUGGUACCUCUGUCGGCAGAUUCCCAAAAAGUUGAACAAGUUUGUCCAAACCGCGAAUUCGUUGGCGUUGCCCCAAGAAUCAAUGACCAACGUCUAUCUCUUCCGCACCACGGUGAGCCACGCGGUGAGGGUCGCCAAGGUACGACGCCACGUCCAGCAGCUGUUGUCCAACCGGCAUUUCAUCAAGGCCAGUCUCGAGAGAAAGGCCUCGUGGAUCCUGGAGUGUCCUGACACACCCCCUGUACGACUGCUGCAUUGGUCUGAGAUCGCCAAAGCUGGGGCACUUCCGAAGUAUCAGAACGGUGGUGCCGCAAAGCCAGUUGAGCAGCUCUUGGAAGACGUGGCUGAGAGGCUGUCAGUCCCACGCGAGAGUGUUGAGCAGCGGCUGGUGGUUUUUCUCCUUUCACACCGUUGGCUGCGCACGGAAUCGGAUUAUCAUCCGGACUCGGAGGACAACGUCAAGGCGAAUAAGUUGGUGUCCUUUGCACGCUGGUUCAUGCGCUUGGCUGAUGCAGCGGGAGUGCCCUGCGAAGUGGCCUUCUGGAUUGACUAUUGUUGCUGCGAACAGGAGGACCGUUUCGGCAUGGACUUGGCCAUGGCUGCUUUGCCACUUUACAUUGCCUGUUGUACAAAAGUCGUCGUUUGGCGAACCCCAGACUUUGACCGAAGAUGUUGGACAAUGGUGGAGCGCUUGCUGUCCUACUCGUUCUGUUCGGGAGGAUUAACCCCGUAUGUCAUCGACUCGUCCUUUGUGGAUGAGGAUGAGGAAGAAGAGGAGGACGAAGAGGAUGAAGCUUCGCAUCCAGACGAUUCGCCAUCCAUUUGGGAGGUGCGAUUGGAUGAUGAGAGCUGGGUGCCCUUUGAUGACUUUGCGCAAGCCAUCUUGCGAAGUGCGAAAGCCGCAGGCCUGCCGCGGAGUGAGGUGAUGUCAGUGGGCCGGCGAUAUGAAGUGGACUUCAAACACAUGUGCCAGAAGAGCAAAGAAUCAGGAAAGCAGCGCCAAAUACGGGAACGCUCUCUAAAGCCUGGGGCUGAAGGCAAAACUUGGAAAGAAGCCAAACCUGCUUUAGUAUCAGAGCGCCAGAAGCCUGGGAGAGCCAGUCAGAGCACCAUCAAUUCAAUACAAGACCGCAUCCAUCGAGUGGCCAAGAAAUUGCCCAACCCCUUGGACCCUGAGACGUGUCUUCUGAGCCGUGAGAGCCACCGGCGUCACAUCUCUUCCUUAGUGAGCGUUGCAAUGCAGGUGCCAGCGUUCGAAGUCUUUGCAGAUCGUCAGCCAGUUGAAUGGGGCUUGACGGAAGUCAUCGAGCAUUCACUGGUCAGCCAGGAGCCGCUUCCCAAGGAGGGUGUCACAAGUGAUUUGCUGGAGCUUUCUGCUGGUCGCGUCGGCCCAAAUGCCCCGACAACAUCUUGGUGGAAGUUAGUCGUUUUGGAACCAGGAAAACGCACGCGGCAUGUGGACCCCCUCUCGGAUAUGGACGUCAUCGUUUGGAUGGACUAUGGCUCAGUUCCCAGCACGCCGCCUCCAAGUCCCGAGCAGUUGGAGAUGCUCUUUGCGGAUGUGGACCUGGCAAUUGAUCAGGGAACGAAGAUGGAGAGGGAGGAGUGCAUCAAAGAGUUGAUCCUUGCCUUGAAAGCAGACUUGACAGCUGCUGUGAACAGCAAUGACGAAGCACAGAUGGAAGCUGCUGUUGUUCGAGCACGAGAGGUUGAACUGCAAGCAAAAACAUCAGCGGUGUCUUGCCUUGUGACGAAUCGGCUACUAGCGGCAGCAGAAUCAGGUAGCGAGGCUGAGAUGAGGAACGCGCUCCGCUUCGCACGGGAGAAGGGAAUGGAAAAGCUUCAGGUUUACAAAGAGGUGUUGGCCCUGCAGCAGGGCUUGUAUGGCAAGCAGCUCUUGCCGCGCCUGGAGCGGUUGGUCUCCGAAGAUGCGGACUUCGCAGAGUUGGGCGCCGUGCAUCACACGGCUGAGACACAUGGCCUGGUGGAGUUGGCCAGGCGGGUGCUGGCACUAGGAGAGUCGCGCUUGAAGCAGGCUGCCCUACUGGACACUGAAGAUGCUUUGCAGAAGACACUGCAAGUGAGAGAUGAGGCGAAGGCUUGUGGCUGGUCGGCCGUGGAACAACUUGCAGAGGUUCAAGUGUUGCGCUUGACCAUGGAACUUGCGUUGGCUCGAGCCGAGCACAGCGACGACAUGGCCACGCUGCGGGCCGUGGAGAUGCGCGCGCAGCAGGAGAACUUCACGGAGCUGGCGGAGCGAGCCGCCAGGAAGGUCAAUGAGACAGCGCGAAAAGUGGGGCAGAAGAUGGGCCUGCCUGCGGGCUGGGAUGUUGUGGAGCGUAUGGCUGGUACAGAUGCUGCACGCUUGCUGAAGAAGGACGAGGAGACGGGACAAGCUCUCCUGAAGAAGGUUCAGGAGUUAGUGGACGCAACCUUCUGGGGUUGGGGUGGUCAUGGUGCUAAGACCCGCACGCGUGACCGCGGCUCUGAGCCAGUGGCGAAGAAGUUGAAGGUGGUCAGUGUCAUCUAUGUCCAGAAUGCGGAGGUUUAUGUGAACUACCGCGCACGGCGAGAGGAGAUUAGUGCCAGCAUAACUGCUGAGAUGGCCACAGGGGAUGCCUGGGAUGUGAAGACUGCUGCUGUUCCACUUCUUGGUGGCCGCUUAAAGGAAAAUCCAGUGGAUCCCAGCAUGAACGAGCAUUACCUUUGGCAUGGCUGCAAGCCUGAAGGGGCUGAAGGCAUUACCGAUGCCAACUUUGAUCUGAAGCGCGCUGGUUCUGCUUAUGGUUCGCUCUUCGGCCCUGGUAUCUAUCUUGCCGAGAGCUGUAUGAAAGCGGAUGAAUACACAUCCCCAGAUGCGCGCGGAUACUUUCCAUUGCUCCUAUGCAGAGCCACAUUGGGCAACAUCAAUUAUUGCGACCACCCUUCACCGGUGUCAAUCAGCCCAUCGCUGGUUGCUUCUUGUAAAGCAGGUGGGGGUUAUCAUUCAGUACUAGGAGACCGGGAGAAGAUCAAUGGCACCUUCCGGGAGUUUAUUGUCUUUGACAAUCAUCAAGUGUAUCCGGAGUACAUUGUUUGUAUUCGAACGCGGCGGCCGUUGGACCCUUACUCGGCCAUGGCAGAAGCCCGCUUCGUUGGGAUCGACUUGGGCGUGACUUGUGUUGUUGCUUCGUCCACUUCUGAGGAGCGGAAUGCGAUCACCAUCAACACGAAUGAUGUGUCGGGUCGCUCUACUCCCUCAGCUGUCUCCUACGAUGGCAAGCUGAGACAUGUUGGUGUCAAUGCCGAGGGACGACUAAUGAGUGCGCCGAAGCAGACACUCUCACAUUUGCCUUUGGCUCUUGUGCCAUCGGAGGCAAUGCAAAAGCGAGCUGAAAACUACCAGUUCCUCUUUCCAUUCCAAGAGGAUGGGACUCUGGGCCCCGUGAGCUUCGAUGGCGACAGCUUCGCGGUGCGCCCGGCAGGGCCUUUGGCGUCCUUGGUGCGAACUCUCAGCAGCUACGCCAUGACAUCAGCAGCAGCCAAGACCCAGCUGCACUUUGGCCAAGGGGCAAGGUGCAUAGCUGUUCCAGACUACUACAGCGAUACGGAGCUUGCAGUUGUCAAUGAUGCACUGAAGCUUUGUGAUCAGUCUGAAACUGUCGGUCUCCUCCGGCAUUCCUCUGCAGUGGCCACGGCUUUUGCACACAGCCAAGGUUCGAGCCUCCUCCCAGAGGGCACAGACGAGCGCUGCGUCGGCUUUGUGGAUAUCGGGUCGUCUCAUGGCACAGUCUCAGUGGUGAAGUUUUACCGCAAGGAGGGCGAAGCUGCAGCAGAGUUCCUUUACCGCUGCAGUGAGGAACAGCUAGGUGUCCAGUCGAUGGUCACGCUUCUUCUUUCGGAAGCAAUCUCCCGGAUUGAGCAGAAGCACAAAUGCAAGGUCCAGCUCAAAACGAAGUCUGGAGUUCGCCUGGCCAAUGAAGCAAUGCAUGCUUUGAAGCAGCUGAGCAUGUUGCCAGAUGCCGAAAUGGGCCUGGAAGCAUAUCUGCCAGAGGGUCCUGAUGGCCCAGAGAUCGAUGUGUCGGUGCCACUGACGCGACAGAUCUUUGAGACAGCAGCUGCUGAUGUGCUGAAACGUUUGAAGGAGGUGCUGACUGAAGCCUUAGACUGCAAGCCAGAGGCUUUCGAACUUUUGGGUGGUGGAAGCCGCAUCCCUGCAGUCCAAACUCGGGUCAAAGAGGUCGCUGGAGACCUUCCACUGCGCUUCGGCUUGGAUGGUGCCAGCUGUGUUGCCACGGGUGCUGCCGCAUGGGCAGCAGGGAAACGACUGCUGGAGCCGGUGGAGUCACCAAUGGAAGGUCUUGCAGCCGAUGUGCUGGAAAGCAUUCGGGAAAAGGAGAAACAGAUGGAAGCAGUUCACAGUGAAGAAGUGCAACGCCUUGAAAAGAGAAAUGCGUUGGAGUCCUACGUCUAUCAAGUCAGGGACUGGAUGAAUGGAAAAGAUGGGGGAUUGCUGAAUCCUGAUGUGGUAAAUCCUUAUCUUGACAAAGUCGUCCUUUGGUUCGAAGAUGCGGAUAUGGCAGAAGAACCUACCACGUUCCAAACAUAUUCCGACAAGCUGGCAGAAGUAGAGGAAUUCAUCAAGAAGGAGGGCGCACCUUACUUCGAAAAGAAGGCAAAAGAGUUUGAAGAUCAGGAAAAAGAAAUUGAGAAGGCAGCAGCUGAAGAGCGCGAAAGACGAAAAGAGCUUGGCAUGGAUUUUGACAAGGACGAACGGGUCAUGAAAAAGGAAGACAGAAUGCGACUAGCCCUGAAGAACAAAGAUGAGGGCAAUGACAUGUUCAAAGCACAGAAGUUCGAUGACGCCGUCAGAAGGUACAAGAAAGCUAUUGAGCAUGUUAGCCGACCGGAGGUGGUCAGCAACCUGACACCUGAAGAGGCUGAAGAGGCCAAGAAGAUCAAGGUGUCCUGCCACCUCAACAGCGCGCAGUGCUACAUCAAAGCUGGCGAGGCAGCUACCCAGUCUGGUGGCAAAAAUGCUGCAGAACCCUUCUAUAAGAAGGCACGCACCUCCUGCGACGAUGUCUUGGAACUGGACUCUGCUAGCAUCAAAGCCAUUUUCAGAAGAAGCCUUUGCUUUGAAAAGCUGGGUGAGUUGGAAGAUGCUUUGAAGGACAUCAAAAAGGGGCUCGGAGUCGCACCAGAAGAUUCAGACUUGAAGAAGUCCCAAGAUAGAUUGCAGAAGUUGCUGACAAGGCAAAAAGAAGGUCAGAAGAAAGUCUUCUCCAAGAUGUUUGGAUGA